AUGGCGCAAGUGUGACAAAAUCGAGCGGAAACGGCAGGAACGCCUGGCUAACGUGCGGAAGAGGAGCCGGAUCACCCUCCUGCCUGCCAUUGACACUCGGCCGGUGAUGGGAAAGGAUGACGAGGAGUGGCUCCCUGACAGUCAGGGUUAUGCUGCCUAUGAGUACAUGCUGGAGGCAGCGGUGGAGGAGGUGCAGGUUAAGAAUGGGGACACCUCUCUGAACCCCGUCGAGGGCCUGGGAGCCGACACCCAACUCCAGCGCAAGUCCAUUCGCCGCACGGCCCGCCAGUGGUCCUACUACGCCCUGUUUGAGGAGUCUGACAUCUCUGACUCGGAGAAUGAUCUGCAGUCUCUCAUGGGUGACCAGGGGCGACUGAAACCCCUGCAGCUCAAAUGCCGGAAAAGUCGAGAGAAGGAGAAACCCGUCCUACUGAGCAAACAGGAGCAGCUGGCACUCAGUCCCCUGAGCCCCUUCACCACCAACAACAACGGGCGCCAGAAAGGUCUGUCUGAUGGUGUCCACCGGAUACGAGUGGACUUCAAGGAGGACUGCAGCAUUGAAAACGUCUGGCUCAUGGGUGGCCUCAGCGUACUCUCCUCUGUUCCCAUCCUGCCCCGGGUUCUCUGCCUGCUGUGCGCCAGCCAGGGGCACCACGAGGUAAGCUGAUC